AUGUCUUUUAAAGAAUUCAAUCUGUCGGCAGUACUGCUAAAAGGAUUAGAAGCAGGGGGCUUUAAGAGCCCAAAAUUAGUACAAAGCAAGAUUAUACCACUUGCCAUGCAGAGACAGAACAUAGUCUGCUCAGCAAAGACGGGAUCUGGGAAAACACUCGCCUUUCUGAUUCCCACUCUAGAGCGACUUCUGAGGGUAAAAUGGUCCCGGGAGGAUGGUCUAGGGGCACUAAUUAUAACACCCACCAGAGAACUUGCUCUGCAAAUAUUCACUGUCCUACAGACAAUUGGACAAUUCACGCACUUAAGUGGUGGUUUGCUGAUUGGUGGCCGUGAUGUAGAGAAGGAGAAGGAGGUUGUCUCAGAGUUAAAUGUAAUUGUUUGUACACCAGGCAGAUUAUUGCAGCACUUGGAGACUGGAUGGAAUUUCUCAGGUGAUAAUAUUGAGUGCUUAGUGAUUGAUGAAGCAGAUAAGUUGAUGGAAAUGGGGUUUAAAGAGACAAUACAAAGCAUACUUGAAUAUAUGUCAUCAAAGAGACAGACACUCUUGUUCUCUGCUACAGCAGAUGCAAUCGCACAAGCAAAAAAACUCUGGGACAUAAAUAACCCGAAUUUCAUCUCUUUAGCUGAUGAGAAGACACAAGAACCCUUCCUCAUGCAGUACGAGGCGCAUAUUACAAGCCCAGCCCGUAAGUUUGACUUAUUGUACACGACAAUCAAGCAGAACAUUAAGAAAAGAAUAAUCGUAUUUUUAACUACCUGCAAGGAAGUGUCUUUCUACUAUGAAAUUAUUCGUAAGAUGAGACUGGGGAUAGGGUGUUUAAGUCUGUCUGGGAAUAUGUCACAGAAUAAAAGGGUUGAAACAUACCAUAAAUUCGGCCGUAAUCAGCCCUUUGUCUUAUUCUGCACUGAUAUUGCAGCACGAGGACUGGAUUUCCACCGAGUGGAUAUUGUCUUGCAGCUGGAUGUACCAGACACCAAGGAGACUUUCAUUCACAGGGCAGGAAGGACUGCACGUAACGGCAUGAAGGGCAAGAAUAUUUUGGCUGUCUCGCCGCAUGAGAUUGGGUUCUUGAAGGAUGUGGAAAGUGUCCCUGGAUUCCCUGCGGAUGUAAAGCCAUUUAAGGUCUCUGCCAGGUGGUCCACCCAGGAACGCGUCCAGGGAAUAAUCCGGGAUGAUGCUGCAAUAUAUUUAUUAGCACAGAAGUACGUUAGGACAUACAAGGGCUCAUUGCGCGUCACCAAGAAGGAGUACAUCCUGGAUAAAGAACUUGCACUGAAGGAGUUAGUAGAAUAUUUAGGAGUGAAAGAGGAUGAAAAUGUUAAAUGGUCACAGGACACACAAAAAGUAUCAAAGAAGUAUGAUAAUCAUGUUAAAUUUGAUGGAUAA